UUGCUCAAAAAAUUUGGCUUCCUUCCCAUUUUGCCUGCUCAUCUGUUGGCAGUUGAUAACAUGGAGAGACAUGGGAACCCCAGAACAGUAACGUAACAGCUAUCAGACAAGGAAAUUAGAGGCUGGGUUCUUUACAAAAAGAGUUCCCCCUCGCUUUCUCCUCCCAGUAUAAGCUUGGCAUGAGGACCACCUAACAGGGAGAUGCCAACUGACUGAUAAGAACUUUCUGAACAUCAUACCUCUUUCAUCUUUUCAUUGACGGCUUAGUCCAGCUGUGAUAAUGUAAAAAAUAGAGGGCCCUCUAAUAGGGGAGAAUCAAGGGGAAGAAAAUCAAGAAAUUGAAGCUGAAGGCAAUCCAAGAAAUCAGUGGCAAAUAUUCUUCCACAUAAGUUUGCUUUGUCUCCCAGUGGCCAGCAUAAGAAAAGAAAGAAAAUGAAAGCAUCCUCCUUCUCUUCUGAUCCAGAAAUGAGUUCCUUCUUAUUCAUUGUCACCCUUUUCUUUGUUAUUAUACCACCUAUAAAAAAUGUGGCCCCCGCAUCAGGCCUUGCUCCUCUCAUUUCCAUUGAAGGUUAUCAGGACAAAGGGAUCCGAGUGGUUUGUCAAUCCAGUGGUUGGUUCCCGAAGCCUGAGAUCCUGUGGAGAGAUCCUAAAGGGAGGCAUCUGCCUUCACUGGCUAAAAAAAUUUCCAUGGAGGACAAUGGGCUGUUCAAAGUACAGAAUGACAUCAUUCUAAUGGGAAGUUCAAAUCAGAACUUAACCUGUGUUGUCAGGAACAUCCUCCUUAACCAGGAAAAGGAAUCAACUAUUCAUAUAGCUGAUCAUUUCUUCCCAAAGAUCUCUCUGUGGAUAGUGGGUCUGUGUGUGUCCCUCAUGGCUGUGCUUGGCUUCAUUAUCUUAGUUAUUUACCUGUUUAAUAUAAACAGAAAGCUUGCUGCAGAACUGAGUUGGAGGAACAUGGUGAUGCCAAUAGAAAAAGCAAACGUAACUCUGGAUCCAGACACGGCAAACCACGACCUGAUCCUGUCUGCAGACCGGAAGAACGUCAUACAAGGCUUCAUGUGGCACAGCCUGCCUGACAAUCCCCAGAGAUUUAAUGCCGAGCGCUGUGUGUUGGGAAGGGAGGGGUUUUCUUCAGGAAGGCAUUACUGGGAAGUGGAGGUGGGCGAGGAAGGGUACUGGGCUGUGGGGGUGGCUAGAUAUUCUGUGAAGAGGAAAAGGCGGCUUAGCCUGGACCCCAAGGAAGGGAUCUGGGCUGUGGAGAAGUGUCGGAUCCAAUACCAAGCUCUCACCAUCCCCAAGACCCCUCUGUUUCUGCGGAAGAGACCCAGGAAACUUGGGAUUUACUUGGACUAUGAGAUGGAGCAAGUGGCAUUCCACGACGUCUAUCACAAGGCACCCAUCUUCACAUUCCUCUCAGUUGCUUUCAAUGGGGAGAUGAUCUAUCCUUUUCUGCAUGUGGGGGUGGGAUGCUGGCUUAAACUGUGCCCCUGAGACCUUCUUUGCAUAAGGAUCAGUGAGCAAAGUAGACAUGACACAGCCAUCACUGACACAGAAUUGGGUCUUCAAAGGUCAUUUAGUCCAACCCCUUGCUGAUGCAAAGGAUCUACUACUAACGGUGGCCAUUGGUCAGGGAUGAUGAGAGAUGUCAUUCAGCAACACCUGAAGGGCUACACGUUGGCCACCCCUGAAUUGAAGCUUUUAAGCUGAGUAAUUAACAGCAUAAUCCUAACCAUAUUUACUCAGAAGUCAAUAGAAUUCAAUGGGGCUUAAUCUCACACUUACCUGGAGCUAUGUCCCAUUACAUUCAAUGGGAUUUCUGCGUAGAUGCAUAUAGGGACUGUGCAGUAAAUGCAAUACCCUCUUAUCAUUGAGGUAUCAGUUUAAAGCCAUUUUAUUCUCUUCAGUUUUAAGCAAGUAACGAUAUAUUUGUCAUUUGUCGCCUACGUAGUUUACUGCUGAUGGUUCUAUUACUGUCAUGUGUCUUUUAAUAAUAAUACUUAUCAUUUGUAUAAUCUUUCCAAGAGUUCAAAGCACUUCACAUGUAUUAUGUAUUUGUAAUCCUUAUAACAGUCCUGUAAGUAAGACAAGGAUGGGCAACCUAAGGCUCUUAGCUUAAUUUCAUGUGGCUCUCAGACUAAUUUCACAAGCCCUCUGCAAGUGAUCAGUUCACAUCUUUGGCAAGGUGAUCUCCCCCACCUGCAGGGAAAAAGAGGGAGAGAAAGUGAGAGAAGGAAAUAUCAGCUGGCCAAGGUAAGUUUUAAACCAGGGACUUCCAGAUUCAUCCCUCAAGUCAUGUAGCCACUACACCAAACCAUCUCUUACAACGCUACCUCUCAGCUUGUUUAGAGACUGAUUACUUUAAUUUGUGUGCAUUUUAUCUGACACUGUUUUGUUUUGGAUUGUAAGAUAUCCUGAAGUCUUUCCAAUGGUACCAGGAUAUAAAUGUUUAAAUAAAGAAGUUUUUUUUA